AUGCGAAUCAACACAAAGUGCCUAUGGACAUUUACAAUUUCAAUACUUGUUUCCAUUUUAUCGGACUAUUUUGGUCAAUGCAAAUCAACUUUAAUUGACGAGGAUAAGACCUUAAUCGCAGAAAAUGCUGCGUUUUUAAAUGAUUUACUUGAAGACCAACUAAAUAGUGAUGAUUCGCCAAAGUUAACAGGAGAUGAAACGCAUGGAAUUGCAAGCAAUUUUUCAGAGUGGGAUAAUACUAAUUAUGGUAAAGUUUCUGGAAAUUCUCGGAUAUCAACUGUCCAUUCUGGCCCUGACAAACGUGAAUGGUCAAAAUUUGUAACAUGGGGUAAACGACAAAUACCGCUUGAGUCUUAUACAGGAAGGAUAGAUGAGGAUUUUGCAAAUAAAAACGAUUUAGGGUUUGAUUGGCUUAAACAUAUUAAAGAUGAACGGACAUUUCAAGAUGUUAUCAGAUGGAAGAAAAGAGCCCAUGCCAAAAGGUUAGAUGAGGAUUCUAACUUAGAUUUGUCAGUGUAUAUUUCUCGGAGAAAUCGUAACGGUGAGACAAAUCAGCUAAACGACGUAGGUAAUCGAAAGUGGCAACGAUUCACAUCUCGGACAAAAAGAAACAAUGGACCGCUUCUUAGUGACAAAAGAAAAUGGGCGAAAAUUAUUUCACGGCACAAAACAAACUAUGAUCCAAUUUUGAUGAAACUUAAAAAACGAAAAUGGGCAACAUUUACUUCUUGGGGAAAAAGGUCCGAAAUUAUCAAUGAAUUGGAAGGUGAGAAGACAAAAUUGGCAAAGGAGCUAAGCACUGUUGAUAAAAGAAAAUGGGCCAAGUUUGCUUCAUGGGGAAAGAGACCAACGAACCCGAAGGAUUGGUUAGCGUGGAAUUCAGGGGGAAAGAGAAAAUGGACCGGGCUCACAACGUGGGGAAAACGGUCCGGUGAUGUUUUCAAUACAGAACCUUUGACACGUGACUUGCUAUACUUUUUUGAUAAUAAUGGUUCAAAUUGA